AUGAAUAGCAACAGCAAAUCAAUAUAUAAAAAUGUUGAAUUCCAAGAUGAACCCUACUCAACCAAUAAUAAAUUUGCCGUGUAUGUUCCAAAACAAGAAAUUCCCAAAUAUUCUGCAUCCCAACAAGUGUUUUAUAAUCAACAACAACAGUAGUCACCCUAAAAACAAUUAAAAGUAGAGUUUCAAGAUGAACAAGAAAAUCGUAAUCUCUAAAAUCAAAUUGAAUAAUAACAAUUUGAAUAGGAAUAUUAGUAGUCUUAAAGCAAUCAACCAAAAGCUGAAAUCCAAAAUCAUAGAAAUGUAACUUAAAAUAGAUACAGAUUAACAAAUCAAACUCCUAAGACUGCUUAAGGAAAGGAUUAAUAGAAAUUUUAUAGUUCUACUCCUUCUCAAAGCAUUAUUAAAUAGAGAACUCUAUAAUAAUUCAAGAAUAGUUUGUAUUUUGAUGAAAGAAUUAACAAAGUACCAAAAUCAACAAUAAGAAAUCACAUUAUUGACAGUAUUGUUAGUGAUGCUGAUUUGUUACUUUAAAGAAGAGAGUUAAUGACAUCUAUUUAUAAAUUAAAACAACUGAAUCUAUUAAAAAAUAAAGAAUUUGCAGUGUAAACUUAAAAUAUCAAUUUAGGAAUCGUCUUCCAGGAGUUGGAAAAUCAAGUUUUGUGUAUAAUGAUUAUCACACUAAGAGCACAAAUAAUGGAUACUCUAGAAAUUUCGGUGGAGUAUUUUAUACUAGAUGA